ACCAGCACUGUUAAUGGAGUAAUAACCCGGCUGCCCGGAGAGAAGAGAGAGCGCACCUAGAGGACCUACAAUAUCUAUAUAUUUAUUAAAAAAAAAAAAAAAAGCUUUCAUUUCAACUUGUGUCUCUUCAAAUAACAGAAGAUUUCUGAGGAGGGGGGGAAUGGAAGAUUUGGGGGAAGUAUUUCCAUUUAACCUCAGGUCUCCUGUCAUGCUUGACUCCAGGGCAGAGUGGAGCGGAACGUUUUUGCGCGUAAUCUGACUUGUUCGUCGUCUCCGUGCGUGAAAUGAAAAAAGGUCUGCAAUGGUUUUGGCUCUCUGGUAACUAUGGGCGCGCACAUCCUGGAGUCCAACUCCAGCGGCAACUUGACUCCCGCUGUAUCCGAGGCUGGGACUGUCCUCCCGGGCUACCUGGCGGUGAUCUCAUCGGUCCUCAUGGUGACUCUGGUUGUCGUUGUGGUGGCCGGAAACGCACUGGUCAUCAUGGCUUUUAUUGUGGAUAAAACCCUGAGGAAUCAAAACAACUACUUCUUUCUGAACCUUGCCAUAUCUGAUUUCCUCGUGGGUGCCUUCUGCAUCCCGGUGUACAUCCCGUACAACCUGACAGGCCGCUGGAUGCUGGGUAAAGGGCUCUGCAAGGUGUGGCUGAUUAUGGACUACCUGCUCUGCACCGCCUCAGUCUUCAACAUCGUCCUCAUUAGUUAUGACCGCUUCCUGUCAGUCACAAGAGCAGUUAAAUACAGAGCACAACGAAACAUGACCCGCCAGGCUGUGUUCAAGAUGGUGGUGGUGUGGGCGCUGGCCUUCCUCCUCUACGGCCCCGCCAUCAUCUUCUGGGAGGCGAUAGUCGGCGACAGCGUCGUCCCGGCUCACGAGUGCUAUGCCGAGUUCUACUUCACCUGGUACUUCCUGCUCAGCGCGUCCACCUUUGAGUUCUUCACCCCGUUUGUGUCCGUGGCAUUCCUCAACCUCAGCAUCUACCUGAACAUCCACCACAGGACCAAGAACAUGGGCGCCUGCGCAGAGAAUGACGUCAAGACGCAGCGGGUCCGCAAGAAGCUCAGAGACGGAGCAGCCUGGUCCGUGUUUUUUGUGAAGACUCGUAAGGUGUCGUCCAGCGAGCCCACCGCUAUCUGCGCGGUUAUCGAGGACAUCGACGACGUCCUGUCCCCGUCCUCCUGCGUUGGCGCCAACAACAGUCAGAUAUUCAUGCAGAGGGAGAAGUUCUCUCCAAACAGGGAAAACCCCAGGCUGUGUCAGCACACGGCCUCCUGCAUGGCGCCUGGCCGAAGGACACAGGUGUCUCGUCUCUCUCGAGACAAAAAGAUUGCCAAGUCUUUGGCCGUUAUUGUUUGCAUUUUUGGGAUUUGCUGGGCUCCUUACACUCUUUUGAUGAUCAUUCGCGCCGCCUGUAGCGGCGAAUGCGUGGCGAACUACUGGUACGAGAUCACAUUCUGGCUUCUGUGGCUGAACUCCGCCAUCAACCCGUUCCUUUACCCGCUGUGCCACAGCAGCUUCCGAAGGGCUUUCUCAAAAAUACUGUGUCCGAAAAGACAAUCAGUCCAGCCUCACAUCGAGGCUCAGUCCUGUUAGAUGAACUCAAUUGCACUUCCAUGCUCUAGGAAUGCAGUAACUGUCGUCGGUCAAACACUGUUCAAAACAAAAAAUCCAUAUAUUCUGUUCUUCCAUCGAAAAAUCCGGUUUUCAAAAAUAAGAGAGACGUUUGAAGACGUUUGAAGUGAAGUGAGGAUGUUCACGGUAUAUCUGACAGCAAUACAUUUUAAUAUAAGCCCUAUUCACACAUGACUCCUGUUACCAGGAGACCUCAUGUGAUGUUUAGAAACAUGGCAGGUAAUUUGCGGUGGAACUUUUCCUUGACAAAUUACGGACAUGUUAGAACCGCACGAGAGAUCACAGACGACCUCCGCAAUUAUUUCAAAUGACUAGAGGUCCCCGGGUUAUAGUAGUACCGUGUGAAUGGGGCUUUAGUCAUGAAACUUAUGGGGAAAAAUAACUGCAAUUUCUCUGAUAAUCUCUGUAAGAAGGACAUGAAGGAGGGAUGUGGUUUCAGCUUCUUUGAGUCGUUAAUGCUGCAAAAUGAUGACGUAUGCAGUCAGAUGGAAGGUGACGAUUAUCAUUAAGUCUAAGACAUUAUACGAGUAAUAACUACUGCACCACUAAGCUGUUAAAUUAUGAUCUAUCUUCUUGAAAGCACAGUGGAGGGAGACAGCAGCGUCAGCCAACAUCGCUGUGACGAGAAAACCUUUCAACUCCGAUUCAGAUCAAAUUGAGGAUUUUAGGCUCUUUUCAUGGUUUUUAUACGGUUUCAAAAUCUCUCUGCACAUGAAACCUUUUCACUAUCAAAUGUGUCUCUGUUAAUGUAAACCAGAGGGGGGUCUCUCGCAAGUUCAAUCUUUUCAUCAUGCAGCAAUAGGAUGGCAAAUGGUGAAUCCACAGAAGUGGAGAAUAAGAGAAUAACCUGUAUUUGUUUACUGUGUGAACUUUUUAUUUUAUCACAGUGAUGUUCAUUUUAUCUGAAAAGUGGGCUAUAAAGGCAGCAGGGGGGGGGGGAUCAGCUGUUAUCUGCCAACAGUGAAUCUGCACUUAAUUUAAAAAAAGGUGUUCUUGUUGAUGUUUAAAAUGUACAGCACUAGCGGCAUUGAACCUUUUGUACAUUGAUAUCUAUGCCAAGCUAGAUGGUUGUGUUCUGUAAGUUCAGUAUUUAUUUAAAGACUUGACUGGUUUUUACCACCCGAACUACUUGACUACUUUGUAUCUUGGCUAUGAAUGUGUUGGUGUAAGUAGCCAAAGAAAGAAUAAAACGAAGACUGCCUGUAGGCUUUCUAACUCUA